GGUCACAUAAAACUGGCAUGGGGCUGGCUGGCUCUUCACCCUCCUAUUUAAACAGCCAACCCUAUCAAAUUAACUGUAAAGGAAGAGAGAAGUUAAAAGAGAAAGAAAGAGAUGAAGAACGUGGUUUCUAGGGAGCGCAGGAUGGCUGCUGCUACCUGUAAGAAGAUGCGAACCCUUCGUUCCAUCACUAACUCCCAUGCGUACAGUAAAACCUCCAUCAUAUUGGAUGCAACAAAAUACAUCGAUGAACUGAAGCAUAGGGUUGAAAGAAUUAAUCAAGAUAUUGCAAUGGCACAAAACUCCACUUGCCAGAAGAGUUGUCCUGUGCAACUAAGGGUUGAAGCUCAAGAUAAAGGUUUUCUCAUCAAGGUGUUCAGCGAAAGAUGCUGUGGAGGUCUGCUUGUAUUCUUAUUGGAAGCCUUUGAAGAGCUGGGUCUUGAUAUCUUCCAAGCUAGGGUUUCCUGUUCUGAAGGUUUUCUUUUUGAAGCUGUUGGAGUAAAAGAUGACCAAGGAUCAUCAGAGUGCUUAAAUGUUCAAGAUAUUAAAAGAGGGGUAUGGAAAGCUAUCCAAAACUGGAGUAAUCAAGUUAAGGAGAGAACAUGAUGAAGGCAACGCUUACGUACCAUCCUUGGUUCUUUUAUCUUAGAGAUCUAUUAGGGUAGCUAGCUUGAUAAGUUUCAAAUUUCUUGCCAGCAAUUUGUUAUCAGUCUAUCAGUAGAGUUGGGCAUAUAUAUGUUGUCAAGGGUACACCAUGUGAUACCUGAUGAUCGCCAAUUUGGCCGAGAAAAUACAAAGACUGAAGACUUUGAAAUGUCGAAUAUGUAAACAUGUGAUUGGCGUCUGUUUUAUGUGGCAAGACAAAUAAUGGGACCAAUAUUUAUUUUAUUUUA